UCAGGCAUUGCGAACUGCAGUCAUUGUCACCCAUGUGCCCACAUAGCCACUGAUCCUUCUGACGGUGAAGGAACCGAUGUUGGUGCCGACAGGAAUGCAGGUCACGAGGGAAUCGCGCUGCUCAGCUGUCGUCGUCUUGACUCUCAGCUCCACACACUGCAGGCCCCUGAUGCGCGGGAUCACCGACAAGAGCUGGGUGCGGACGAAGCUGCCAGCAUCCUCCACACCGUCGGGCACUGAAGGGGAGGGAACACACACACACAAAGGCAGCAAUGAGGACGGACGGCCACACUACCCCUUGCUCUCGGCGUACCUGUCAGAUCGAAGUAUAGUCUCUUGAUCGUCGGCAACUCGUCGGCCGCCCCCACCAGCAGUUGCUCUAGUUGGUCGACACCGAUGUCCCCCAUCUGCACCGUACGCACCUCCCUCGCCGUCCCCAGCGACGCCAAGACGCCCACCUUCUCCUCGGCACCCGACACCCUCUCGAUGUCCACCCUUCCCACCUUCUUUGGCAUUUUGUCGGCCAGCAGCCGGCCAGCUGCACCACCCAAUUUGCUCCGGACAGACAGCUCUGAGGCCUCUGGGAACGGCUGCAUGUGGGCGAUGAUGGCGGGGUGGGGCGAUGGGGUGUUGGCGGGGGGAUGGAACUCGUAGGCAUUCUUGACCUCCACCGAUGUGGCCUUGUCGAAUGAGAGUGUGGAUGCGAUGUCGAUGGCCGCUGGGCUGGGGUCGGUGUGCGGGUCGGUCAGGCCGUCCUCAGUGAAGAAGUAUGACACCGAUGUGGCCUGCUACGCCAGCUGCCGCAGCAUGGUCUUGAGUGAGGGUGAGGGGCGGAUGGGCAGGCCCCUGUCGCUGUCGCUGUGGUACAAGAUGGAGAGGUCAAAUCCCGCGUCUGGGAGCUCGAAGUUGAUGUGGGCGUUUCCUCGGCAGCACCUGGUGACCAGUCGGUCCAGGGCCAGCAGGACGCGCAUGGUGGGGCGGCCGAUGAAGAACCUGGGGCAAAACUGCACGUCCAGCUGCUUGAGCGACCCUCGGCAGCCGCGGGCCAUGAGCACUUCCUGAAGGCAACAACACACAAAUAUGGGACAUCAUGAGCCACCCACGCUGUACAUGUGUGUGCGUUGUAUUCACCUGAAGCCGCUCGAUGCCCGUCGGAUUGUCACCCCAGACCAGGAUGGUGCCAAUCCUCUCCAGCUGGGCGAGUGGCCCUCCCUGCGGCCCAGCAGGCGCCGCAGGGAUGCCCUCGAACACACUCGCCCACUCGUCACCGUCAAACAUCCACAUCCCGUCCACACACCGCAACGAGCGAGACGAGCCGAUGAACUGGCCUAGACUGCCGGCGUCCCAACCCUCCUGCCGCACGACGGCGAGUGACGGCAUCAGCCAACGUCGGUCAGCCAGCACCUCAUGGUCGUCGCCCCACAGGCCGGCGAUGGUGGUGAGUGCGUGGAGGGUCGGGGGUGGGUCGAGAGGGGCUGGGAGGGGCGGAUUUGUCCGGGCGACGCUCUGCCUCGCUGUGCCGGUCAGCCGAACGCCUCUCUCGAUGGCGAUGGUCUCCAGGGUCCCUCCGGUGAGGUUGGCUGCUCGUCGGCCGGCGAUGUGGCCCUCUAUGAUGGCCACAAAGACGUCGAAACACCAGCGGGGGAAGCCGAAUGGGUAUCGGAGGACGAUGGUUGUCAGCUGUCUGAGAUAUGUGGCCCAUUCCCCGACGAGGUCGAUGGUGGUCCUCUGCCAAAACGACCGCUGGUCUUCGUCAGCCGCGCUGAUUGUAAGGUGGUGCUGCUUGCGGACCGCGUGCUGCCAUGCGAGUGGCGGCAGCUGCAGCUGGAUGAGCAGAUGAAUGGGGACGAAGGCCAUGACGAUGCUAUGGAGACCGGGCUACACACAACCACACAGCACACGGGACGGCAAGGGAUGUGGAUAUCCAUCAGUGGAUGGCCUCAGUGCAUGUGGUUGGCUCACAGGUGCGUUCCCCCAGAAGCGUCUUUCCCUCUCAGCCCGACGCUGCCGCUCCUCAUCGCUCUCACUCGCACCACCACCAGGCUGAGCAUCAGAGGAAGAGGCCGCCAU